GUUAGUGUACGCUAUUUUUCUUAUCGAACAUUUACAUUUAUUUCCACACGUGUAAUUUUUGCAAAUAGGAAUACUGAAACUAUGUCCAUGUUAGCUGGUGAAAAAUAUUGGGAAAAGAUCCGAUUCGCAAAAGCUGAGAAGCAAUACUAUGAAAUGUUAAGCCAGGAUAUAUAUUUUGGGUCAGGCGUUGGUCAUAAACAAAUCACAAAAAUAUCUAAAAUUCAGCAAUGCAAAGUUAUAAGUGAUAAAAUUUACAAUGAAAAAAAAUCUGGUUGUAUAACAUCUUUUGAAGCGAGUGACAAAUUUCUCAAAUUUGAGAAAAAUUUUAAACAGAUAGCCCUAGGAUAUCAGCAAGAUUCAUCUAUAAACAGGAAGAGUAUAUUAGUUUCCGAAAUUGCUAAAGCCAGAGAACACAUCAAAAAUUCUUUGGAAAAGAUGGAUGGCAUUUCUUGUGCGGAGGCAACUAUGGUUCCAUCUCAUAUAUUGGAACGUUUUGAAUUACUAGAAGAUGAAAACGCAAAAUUAAAAAAAACAAUUUCAAGUCUAAAUGACCUCUGCUUGGACUCCCAAAAACGUAUUUCUGCAUUGGAAACAUUAAUAAAACGUGAUCCUGUAGCAGAAGUUGCAGUGGAAGAUGAUGAUGGAGUUGACUUAUUUGCAUCAGAUAGUGAUGAAGAGUCGGAAGAAGCUGCUCGAGUAAGAGAAGAACGCCUGGCUGCAUACGCUGCAAAAAAGUCGAAAAAACCAACUUUAAUAGCUAAAUCCAGUUUGGUGCUUGAUGUAAAACCUUGGGACGAUGAAACAGAUUUAAAAGAAAUGGAAAAUUUAAUUAGAAAAAUUUCAUCAGAUGGAUUAUUGUGGGGAGCAUCUAAGUUAGUUCCUGUAGCUUUUGGAAUAAACAAAGUGAGCAUAAGUUGCGUUGUAGAAGAUGAUAAAGUUUCAAUUGAUUGGCUGACAGAAGAAAUUGAGAAAAAUGAAGAAUUUGUUCAAAGUGUUGAUGUUGCUGCUUUUAAUAAAAUUUAAAAAAAAAAACAAUUUAUAUAUUCUUAUCAAAUAAAAAUAAUAAAAGAAAAGUCUUUACGAUUUAAUCGAAAA